AUGGCUUAUAAGGCUAAGAAAAGUGCACAUAAGAAGCUUCAUGGAUCAAUGAGAGAUCAUUACAGUAAGAUUGGUUCAUAUCUCAAUGCAUUAAGGAAAGCAAAUCCAUCAUCAACUUUCAAGUUGGAAACUGCUCCACCAGGUUUCAUUAAUCUAGAUCCAGAGGCCACAUGUGAAGCAUUCUUCAGACUGUUUGUAUGUUUUGAUGGUCUUAAAAAAGGGUUUCUAGCUGGAUGCAGGAAGGUAUUGUGCUUAGAUGGGUGUUUUCUAAAGACCUUCCUUGGAGGAAUGUUGUUGACUGCUGUAGGGAGGGAUGCUAAUGACCAAAUGUAUCAUGUGGCUUGGGCAGUUGUUGAAGGAGAAAACAAUGACAGUUGGGAAUGGUUCAUGCAUGAGCUACUGCUAUGUUUGGAAGUAAAUGAUGUUGGGCUUUCAUGGACAUUGAUUUCUGACCAGCAAAAGGGUCUGUUAAAUGUUGUUUCAAUGAUGUGGCCCUAUGCAGAGCAUAGAAACUGUGCAAGGCACAUCUAUGCAAAUUGGCACAAAUCAUUCAAAGAUGAGGAGCUGAAAGAGUUGUUUUGGAAAUCAGCUAGGGCUUACUCUGAAAGUGACUAUCUACAAGCAAUUGAAGACAUGAAAGCAAUCAAUCCUGAUGCUGUAGAGGCCUUACUGAAGCAGAAUCCCAACUGGUUUAACAGGUGCUAUUUGAACACCCACACCAAGUGUGAUGUAAUAGUAAACAACAUGGCAGAAACCUUUAAUGGUUUUAUCAUUAAUGCAAGGUCAAAACACAUAAUUCAUAUGUUAGAGGAUAUAAGGAUUCAGGUCAUGAGUAGGUUAGUGACAAAAAGGACAGAAAUGGUUGCCAAAGAUGUUAUCAUAUGCCCUAAAAUCCAGGAAAAACUUGAAUUUUCAAAAGCUGCUUCUUAUAGAUGUGAGGUGUAUCCCUCAUCAUAUCAAGUUUUUCAAGUAAGGGAUUUUGAUGAUGUCUCUGUGGAUCUAGAAAAGAGAAGCUGCACAUGUAGAAAAUGGGAUUUAAGGGGAUAUCCUUGUAAACAUGUAUGUGCUGUUGCUGGUUUUUUACAUAAGAAUGCUGAAGACUAUGUUGAUGUGUGUUAUCACAAAGAUACAUAG